GCCGAACUCACAAGUGCCCUAGGAAGCUUCCAAUCGGCACCUUCCCCUCCCGCGCUUCCCAUCGCAUCGCUCACUUUCCUUUUCAGAUGACAAGAAAAAGCAAAGAAAAUGAAUCCGAAAAAAGACCAGAAGCGCGCGGGCCAAAAGCCACAACUUGGAGCUUUCGAUGGGUCUUCCUUUGGAGGCUUCAAAUCCGACCUAAUUGACUUCUUAGUGGUGCUUACUGCUUCAGUUGACCACACUGAUCGCAUAUGAUCAUGUGCAUACUUGGGAGGUAAGAUGUAUGUACAGUACAUACAUACGACAUACAACUGCCCAGUGAUGUGCGUGUAGUACAGUACGUACGUACAUACACAGCACCCAACCCAACAAAGACGUUAUCAGACUCGUCAACGUCGGCUUCUGAUCGCCGUAAUAUCGUGCUCACACUUGCUCGCCCGGGUGCCGGACCCGCCAAGAAGCGAUUCUGAUCGGCACUUUCCAUCAUGCAGCGGGUGCCUUUUGCUUCGUCUCAGAAGACCAGGCCGAGUUUCUAGUGAAGGGGUUUCCGCGUCCUUCGUCAGUCGCGUCCUGCGUCAAUUUAACUGUUUACCUGGAUUUCAGUCGCCCAGGAUUACCAUCAUCACCACCAAGUUGACGACGCGAGAGGCCAUAUCCCGGGUUACGCACGCUAUACUAUGGCACAUGUCUUCUCGCCUCUUCCCGCCCGGUACCGGAGAAGCCGGGCUCCUGAUGAACCAGGUCUGCUUCUGACCCAGUGUCGUCUUUUCUUUUGCAACCAGCUGCGUCUGGCGCCUCGUCACAAUACGGCAACGGCAAUCCAGUUUCUGCCAGGGUGAGCACUCCCCUAUCGUGACGACGUGCAACCCUUCAACGGCCAGGGUCCCGUCUUCACCCGCACAUUGGACAACGGUCGAGUUCUAGUACAGCGACGGCGAUGGCGGCAGCGCUAUUUCUUGGGGUGUUGUUGUUAGUCCGUGUGGAGCGAAGUCAAAGACCCCCCCCCCUCCCCCAAUUCCGUUCUGCCCACCCAGCCUUGCUCGUUGCGCGGAACAUUUUGCUCCCUCUUCUAGAUGUUCACAGACCCCUUUUUCCAUUCAUCCUCCAACAUGCCAUGCAAAGAUUCCAAUGCAUCAUCGCGCAGUGCGCACAGGCUGGCCACCUUCACCACACAUGGCGGACCAAGGAUAAUUCCCUGUCGCCACGCUUUUCCACCGUAAAUGCCCCCCGUGAUGGUGCUUCGAUUGGACCUUCGAUUGAGAUUCUACUUCUGUCCGGGCGCAAAUCGCUCCCCCAAUCGAGAGAUGAAGGUGAUCUCGAGAAUUGACAACCCACGCGUCCAGUACAUUAGCGCGUUGAUGCCACAACGGUGCGAGUUCUGGAUCUGCAGGGUGCCUGUCCCUACCGUGCCUCAUCGCCUGAAACCAAGGAUCGGCCGCGGCAUGAACCGGAUAUUGACUGAGCAGUGUGUUUCUGGAUAGGACCUCGAUGCAUGAUGUCGGACGCCAUCAAAUGUCUUCAGGUUCCUGAGCCCUUCCCUUCGUCUGGUGGCGUUCCCAAGCCACGCUGAACAGGAGCUACGUUCCCUCGCCAAUUUCUCUGUGACGCAGACAGACAGACAGAGGGCUUUCCUCGGGCAAAUCGAACAUGUGCCACCUCUCUACAGCUGCCGGGUUCCUGGCUGCUUUCCUUGACGCUGUCUUCACACCAUCUUGUGCUCUCCCGCCAGACUCACGCUAUUUCGCUCUACAGCACUAGCUCCACGUGUCGGUUUUCUUGCGACAAGCGGGACGAACUGCACAAUGCACUGCAGACUGGUGCCUUGUGUGCCCUCGCAGAAUCUAUUCCGAGCACUGACCUCGGGUUUGAGGACGGCCGUCCCACCAUGUGUAUGUAUGUAAUAUGUAUGUACAAUACAUAAUCUACAGUACGUGCCGCAUCUGAAUACGGAAGAGGGAGAUGUUUCGCUUGGCCAAAUACAGCCAUGAAAGCGGAGACCACGGCCAAUGACUGGCAGGGCCCUUAUCCCUCCCCCCUAUAUCAAAUGUAUUAAGGCAACCCAACUUUGCGCCCGCCACUUCCCAGGCUUUCAUUUGCUGGGCUCACCCGUGCCGUCCUCUCAAGCUUCCCCGGUUUAUGCUCCCUCGCCUCGCCUCUCCUCUCCCGCUUCCAAGAUGGGUGGGUGGGAAAUCAAGAGAGGCGCAUUCGCUCGGAGACACGACUCCGAGUCCUGAAACUUGGCCUGCUCCCUGAUUGCGCGUCUAAAGUCUUGUCGAAUUGGGCGCUCUUCGUCUUGAUGGCAUCGCGCCUGGCCUCUCAAGCUGGCAAGGUGUUGGAAUGAUGAUCCGGGUGAGCAACUGAUCUCGGAUGUGCCGUUGGGCCGGAAAAAGACGCUGUCCAAUCGCCGAUUGAGAGUCGAAGCCGACCUCUCCUUCGUCCUGCACGCAUUGAACUUUUCGCUGCCGGUCUUGUCUCAGGUUGCGGAUCCAUGGCCAUCUAGAAGCCUUCCCCAUGCGACCAGUAUGAUGAAUAAUUAGUCAAUGUCAACCUCACGUCUUCUUUUGGAAGCAGACUAGAUACGGGACUAUAGUCAGCUUGCAACAGGUACUUUGUCGACUCAUGGCGUUGAAGUAAUUGCCAAUGACUUACCACCCUAGCUUCUCACGCAGGCCAAACCUAGCCAGAGAAUUCUCUGCCACAAGCCUGCAUUCCGGGAUCGCCUCCAUCCCGCACCCGGAAUGGACUAUACCGCUAUACCCGCUGCUUUGAGU